AUGAGUCAACCAUUCAAAGCUGUGGAUUUUCCUGUGCUUAGGAACAUAGCAGCUGAAGAUAUGGAAAUAUGCGAUAACCUCACUUUGGGCAAGGAUAAACCCAAAAAGAGAAAAGAGCGAAGCGACGAAGAACCAUUAACUGAAGAAACAGUUACAAAGAAGCUAAUGAAGAAAACAUCUGCUCCAGAAUCAGCACAAAAUGAGCUUGACAAAGAAAUCAAGUCAUUUAAAAAAUUUGAAAGAAACAUAAAGCACAUGACAAUGGACGACCUAGAAGAAGAAGAUUUCGAGGAGAUAAAAAACAAAGUAUCUAUGAUGUUCAAAACCAUUACGCUCCUUAAAAAGGAGAAUAAUGAGCUAAAAAAGGGACAGCCAGGAAAAGACUCGUUAGACGAUAAGCUACAAAAGCUCGAGAAGGCGAUCCAUGAUGCUACAUGCAGCAUUAAACAUAUUAAGAACGAGUCAACUAAGGUGAUAAAUAAAAAGCUAAGCUAUGCAGAGAGAUUGAAGAUCCCUGUCGUGGCUAAAGAAGCUAGCGUAGAAGCAAAAUCGGAGAAGCAUGUUAUCGCCAUAUAUCCAAGUGCUGAUAACAACAUUAAGUCAAGUGACGAAACUAAACUGGUCGUCAUGAGUAGUGUAGCCCCUUCAAAAGAAAAACUCAAAAUCUGCAAUGUAAAGAAAAUUGCAAACAACGGUAUUUUAGUGGAAACUAAAACAAAAGACGACAUGGAGCGUGUACUCAAGUCCCAAAAAUGGCAGGAAAUAGGUCUACGGACUGGAAUUCCAACAAAGAAAAAACCGAAGCUCAUUAUUUUCAAUGUCCAAAAAGAGAUGAGCGAUAAAGAAUUCUUAGAAGCAUUAAGACAGCAAAACAUGGACGAAUUUCCCAAAACCAAAUGUGCUGAGGAAGUAGUAAUCUCUCACAGGUCCAACGGCAAAAAUCAGGAUUCAGUCAACAUAAUCAUUGAAGUUACACCUAACGUAAGAAAUAUAUUAUUGAAAAAUGAUAUGGUAUACAUUGGCUGGACUUCACACUGGAUUCGAGACUUUGUAGUCAUAAGCAGAUGCUACAAAUGCCAAUCUUKUGGACACGUGUCGAAGCACUGCAAAUCAAAAAGCGAUACAUGUGGUCAUUGCGGAGGUGACGGUCACAGUUUUAAAGAUUGYAAAGCUAAAAACAAGAGUCCAGUAUGCAUUAACUGCAAGAGAGCAGGUAAAGCUUGUGACCACUCCUCACGUUCCUCGGAUUGUCCAGCCUACAAAAUUGCUAUGGCAAAUUACGUCUCAAAAAUAGACUAUGGCAAGUAA